CAUUUGAAUUCAAUAAUGGAGAAAAAUAUUCCAAAAAGGUGACUGGACUUUUGAGUAUUUACAAAUUAUAUAAUGCACCAUCACCUCCCAGUUCUUCUCGCUCAGGCUCAACCACUGAAACAAUGGCCCUGCAAUUAUGGGAGGCCCUCAAGGAAUCGAUAACAGCAUACACAGGUCUAUCUCCGUCCACUUUCUUUUCAGUUCUUUCUUUGGGGCUUACCCUUUACUACAUGGUCUCAAAUCUAUUUGGGUCCUCCGAUGAUGGGCCGGGGUCUUACCAAGAAAGGUCCAAAGAACCCGAAGAGAAGGUGCAGCCUCUCCCUCCUCCGGUUCAGCUUGGGGAUAUCGCUGAUGAGGAGUUGAAGCAGUAUGAUGGGUCUGAUAAAAGUAAACCUUUGCUCAUGGCUAUCAAGGGUCAGAUCUAUGAUGUUUCACAGAGCAGGUUGUUUUAUGGACCAGGAGGACCUUAUGCUUUGUUUGCCGGAAAAGAUGCGAGUCGAGCUCUUGCAAAGAUGUCCUUUGAAAAAAAUGAUCUUAAUGGCGAUCUUACUGGCCUUGGUGCAUUUGAGCUCGAGGCCUUGCAAGAUUGGGAGUACAAGUUCAUGAGCAAAUACGUCAAGGUUGGAACUGUCAAGUCGAGCAUACAAGUGACUGAUGGUCCUGAAAUCGAUUCUGCUAAGCCGACAGAAGAUGCUCAGUCAGUAAGUUCUGUCCCGGAAAUUGUGGAAGCCGUGCCCAAUGUUGAUGCGGAUAAGAAAGAGUCCGGAAAUUGUGGAAGCCGUGCCCAAUGUUGA